AUGAACUUUUCCACACUCGCUUUGCGCCCAAAGCAAAGCUCUUCCGUCUCUCCAGGACAGAUACCCACUUCUAGCCAACCUCAACUGCCUGCGAUUGAUGUAAAUACCACUGCGUCAAUUGAAGCUUCUCCUCUUGCCUCAGACACCAUCGGCGCGACCAUCGAUUACGCUGCUUCUACCUUGGAUGCUAUUGGCGCGACCAAUAAAACUUCUGCAGAGCCAUAUAAACCGGCUGACUGCACCCACGAUCCUGAACCAAGUCAAUACCAGCCUCCAUGCAAAUUUACAUAUCAUGAUAAGCGGGGCAAUAAAUUCGAAAUACUUAGACCAGCCGAUCUCAUACCCAAGGACGCUCUAGUGGCCAAAAUUCCACCACCAGUCAUUACCAAGUAA